AGAAAGGGGGGAAAAAAAAGGAAAUACUCCGCGUGCGCUUCUGGAAGAGAGGUCAUCUCUCUACCCGAAAUCCGGGAAGGUUCCUACGGUGGAGGAUUGAGUUCCAAAUUCUCCCGUGGUUGUUUUUCUCCUCCCACCGAUUACUUGGAAGUUGGACUGAAGCAGAGUUCGGAAAGAAGGAAAAAGUUUGCAUCGGGACUGGAUUUAUUUGCACAACGCAGAAAAGAGAAUCCAAGGGAGAGGGGUUGGUGCAGAGCCGCGAUCACGGAGUUCAGAUGUGUUCUAAGCCUGCUGGAGUGAACACACUGCCAAGACCUGAUGGAGGCCAGAGCUCAGAGUGGCAGCGGGUCGCAGCCUCUGCUGCAGGCACCCCAUGACAGUGGCAGGCAGCGUGGGGAGCCGGACCCCAGAGAUGCCCUCAUGCAGCAGGUACACGUCUUGUCUCUGGAUCAGAUCAGAGCCAUCCGAAACACCAAUGAGUACACAGAGGGGCCCACCGUGGUCCCAAGACCUGGGCUCAAGCCUGCUCCUCGCUCCUCCACUCAGCACAAGCACGAAAGACUCCACGGUCUGCCCGAGCACCGCCAGCCUCCCAGGCUCCCGCCCUCGCAGGUUCAUUCUUCAAGGGCCCCUCUGUCCAGGUCCAUCAGCACGGUCAGCUCAGGGUCUCGGAGCAGUACAAGGACAAGUACCAGCAGCAGCUCCUCAGAACAGAGGCUGUUAGGAUCUUCCUUCUCCCCGGGGCCUGCUGCUGAUGGGAUAAUCCGGGUGCAGCCUAAGUCUGAGCUAAAACCCGGUGAGCUUAAGCCACUGAGCAAGGAAGACUUGGGUCUGCACGCCUACAGGUGUGAGGACUGUGGCAAGUGCAAGUGUAAGGAAUGCACCUACCCGAGGCCCCUGCCGUCGGACUGGAUCUGUGACAAGCAGUGCCUUUGCUCGGCCCAGAACGUCAUUGACUAUGGGACUUGUGUGUGCUGUGUGAAAGGCCUCUUCUAUCACUGCUCCAACGACGAUGAGGACAAUUGUGCUGACAACCCGUGUUCUUGCAACCAGUCCCAUUGUUGUACUCGGUGGUCGGCGAUGGGUGUCAUGUCUCUCUUUCUGCCUUGUUUAUGGUGUUACCUUCCAGCCAAGGGUUGCCUUAAACUGUGCCAGGGGUGUUAUGAUCGCGUGAACAGGCCCGGAUGCCGUUGUAAAAACUCAAACACGGUUUGCUGCAAAGUUCCCACUGUCCCCCCCAGGAACUUUGAAAAGCCAACAUAGCAUUAUUAUUAAUCAGGAAUAUUACAGUAAUAAGGAUUGUUUCUCCACCUUUUUUUUUUUAACACACAUAUGCAACCAACUAAAUAAACAGCUGUAAUCUCGGCACUGUUAAUAGAGGGAUAGAGUAUUUGUCGUUUGCAGUGAGAUGCUUUUUUUUUUUUUUUGUCCAUGUGCCAUUUUUAACUGAUAUGCUUGCUAGAACUCAGCUAAUGGAGCUCCGAGGGGA